GUCUGGUCUGAUUAGGCCGAGGUGGAUACACCGCUUGUGCAUUCGCCCUGUGUAUUGUCCUCAAAACAAACUGUUUGCUAGCUUGACUGCUUGCCAGUGGAGUUCGAAUGAAGUUAUACAGUGUACGCGCGAAAGAGACAGCACGGGCUUCGUUGAACAGUUGAUAGAGCUGUUGUUGUUGGCAUCAGUUAAAAGAGUGGAGAGAGAGAGAGUCCAUGCGAGCGAGUGAGUCACGAGAUCCUGGGUCAACACACAUAUGGUUAACACAGUUCCGCCACAACUAUGAAACUCCUCGGAGGUUGUCUGGGCCGAUCGACUACCUUCGCUUUUCUAUUGGCUGUGUUUCGACAAGUUCUUAGCAAGGAUUGCCCUCCUGAUGCCACGCAGAGGGCCAUGUUGUGCGUCGCUAGCAUUGGCGGAACGUCGUCCGUUGAAAGGAAAAACAACUUGCUCAGUGACUGGGAUCUUAAUAAAAUCACACAAGCUUGCAAUAAUGGAACAUUUAGUCGAGGAAUAGAAUGUGCCGAAAAGAUAAUCAAAAGUUGUGACGAUGAGCCUGAACAGAGGGAAAACCUAAAAAAAUAUUUAAACAUACCACGGAUGAAAAAGGGGAUGGACCGAGUGUGUACCAUAACUGUAAGAGAGCUCGCCAACGAUGAGGAGUGUAUCCGAAGGCAGAGUCCUUUUGUAACAGAAUGUGCAGAUGCCGAGGCGACAGAGUUUAAGUUGAAAAUCCACAAAAUGGGUGAAGAUAUGGACAAGAUUCUCAAGGCUGCCUGCCAGGUAUUACAACAGGUUUCUAACUGUCAGGUGGAUUCUGUUAGGAGGAACUGUGGGGCAAGACCGGCUGACGAACUUACAAAAGUAAUCUCUUACUUCGAUCCGGAUUAUUGUGGAUUUCACCAAGGUGGCGAUCCUGGGAGUGGUGGCGACAGUAUGACAGGCAGAUGGCUUGUAACCCUGGUGCCCUGCAUUGUGUUGUGGGUGUAUCACUUGGUCUCACGACGGCAAGUGUUUGUCUGAGUGAGCUAUAGUCUUUUGACAACGCCGUCUCUAACGGCGGUCGCGGCUACACGUUACACGGUCACCUGGGGGAUGCAAUGUAUAGAUUAAACUGGGAAAGUAUAGUCCAUUAGCGUGCUGAGAAUUGCUGUGACGGAUACAGCUUUGCCAGGUGUAAGGUUUCAAUCUCAUGACAAUAUAGACAUAUAUUUCACGUUUCACAACACGUUCAGAUUUGGUGCUUGAUAAAACCGCCCGCUUCAGUGAUUUAAAUCACCGCAAAGAGCUGAAUUUCCUCAAAAGACUUGAGUUCAGAACAAACAUGUGAUUUCCAUAAAUCAUUUAUAAACGAGUUAAAUGCCUCUUGUAAUGUGGAAACGGUGAGCACGUUGUUCGUGGAGUGUAUGAUCCAACAGCAUAUGUCAAUCUGACGGGAGCAUAUGUUGGGGACUCCAAUUCAUUAACUAUGCCAUUCACAACAUGGUUUCAUUUGUUAUAAAUGAGUGAUUCGUUAAUUAGAUAAUAGUUCGAAGAUUCACCAACCUGGAGUUGUCUGGAUACUCAUAUAAGAACCAUUCCAUAUAUACAAAAUAAUAUUGUGACAGGGCCAUAUUACAGUAUUUGAAGAUAUUUACCACUGGGCGCGUAUAAUUUGUAGUAAGAGCCGCACCUAUACAUGUACAACCUUAUUGUUUCUGAUGGCUGUAUAUAGCAGCUGAGUUUGUUUAGGAAGCCGAAUGGUGUAGACGUUACACAGUAUAGCGGAAGCGGGGCUUCGGGCUCUUUUAAAACAGUAUGGCGAAUCAGCUCCAACUUAAAGCAGAUUUUUCUGUAUCUACCUGUUCGUACUCUUUAAUUCGUCAUUUUCAGUUAUCAGUUAGUUGUAUAACGUGUACUGCAUACAUUUGCUGAUUAUUACAGAAGAUCUAUGAAUGUGCGGUUUAUGCACUAAUUUAAUGACGGUUCGUUCCUAAGGCAUUUUAUGCACAUUGUUGCCAAAAAACUUUACAAGA